CACGAUCCACUUGGGUGUCCUUCCGGCAAGCACUCUUAGCCUACCAUCUCUCGGUGCUGUCGAUUCCAGCACUCUUAUUUAUCUAUAUUCGUUCAUAAUAUCUAAUCGCCUUGAUGGCCUCUUUCAAUGUCACCGCUGAGGACAGCUCUCCUUUGAUUACGUGGGGACCGCCAGGUGCGUGGAUUGACAGCCCUGAUGGGGACUUCGCUUCUCAGUCAUAUUCCGCGCAGUCGUGGCACAAGACUUCUUCGCAAGGUGCAUACGCGACUAUCUCAUUCGAGGGCACCGGCAUCUGGCUCUAUGGAGCGAAGAGACCCGACUAUGGCCAAUACAAUUUCGCUGUGGAUGGCCAGUCGGUCCAGGGAUCCGCGAAGUCUGAGACGCCUGCCUUCCAGCAGUUGCUGGGCGGAAAGUCCGGACUGCCAAUGGGGUCGCACACCGUGACAUUGACCAAUACGGGUUCUGGGUCCUCGAUAGACCUCGAUUCGUUCGUAUUCGAGACCCAGAUAGGGUCGACUGGCGCGAAGAUGUCAAAAUUCACGACAGAUGAUUCAAGCUCUGAGAUCACUUAUACCCCAUCCUUGUCCGACUGGUCCAUCAGUCCGUCUACUUCGAACAUGAACAACACGCUCCAUUAUACACAGACUGGCGGCGCUCAGGCUCUGUUCAAGUUCAGCGGAGAUGCAGUCGCUGUCUACGGUACCGUAUCCCCUGAUCACGCCAACUACACUAUUUCUGUGGAUGGGAAGACUCACUCGCUCAACGGCGGGGCCAAUGGCAUAGCGCGCACUUUGCACUAUCAGGUACAGUGUUUAGUUCUUAAUGAUAGGCCAUGCUGUCCUUGA